AUGAAUGACUUCAAUAUUGUCCUUGAAAUAAAUUUUAUCAUCAGGGCGAAGACAAGGAUCUUCUUUCACUACAAUGAGCUUAUUAUAUGUAGAAGAGACUAAUCAUAUUUCAUGCAAAUCCACAUGGGAGGUAGAGAAACCUCAACUAAUCUUGACUAUACAAUUUAAAACUGAUCUUUAGUGAGAUACUAACACAUUCCUCAUCACCUUAUGAGCAAUAGAAGAGAAAGAGAAGCAGGUGGAUCAUCCUCAUGUAUUGUCUUUAUUCGAUGAAUUUAAUGAUAUUAUGCCCAAGUUGCAUGCUAUCUUACUACUUAGGCGAGACAUAGAACAUGUCAUUAAAUUGUUAUUAGAAGAACACUCUCUGACCAAGGCCCCAUACAAAAUGCCUUUGGCACACUUGGAAUAAUUGAAGUAGUUAGAAGAACUACUAAGGGAGAGACAUAUGUGCUCCUUGGACACCAUUUGGUGCGCUGAUUCUCUUUCAAUGAAUGAAAGAUAAGAACACUAAGGCUUUGUGUGGAUUAUAAGGCCUUGACGAAGAUUAUUGUGAAGGAUAAGUACUCAGUGCCUAACGUGAAGGACUUGUUCAAUUAG